CUACAGGAUGGAACAGUAAACGUUGACGCGAUGACACCCGCACAAAAGAACGCCUAUCUGGAAGCUCACAUGGCUGUACAGCAGCAAAUGGCCCAGGCUGCUUUGCAGCUUCAACAUCACCAGCAUCACCAGCAGCAAUUGCAACAGCAACACCUCCAACAGCAACAGCAACAGCAACAACAACAUAGUCAAAGUUAUUCGCGAGCUGUGAAGAAAACAAAAAUCAGCCACGAUGGUCAUUCCUUCAUGCAGCAAGGACAGCUAGCCCAUCAAUCUCAGCAGCAGCAACAUCAACCCGGCAGCUCGCCCUCCGCUCUCCCGAAUCCGAACGUCAACCACUACACAAGCACGAUAAAGGUGCCGCAAAUCAACGCCGGUUCGCACGCAAGUACGUCCAACGCAGGCAAUGACACUGCUGCGUCUGCUGCAUCCGUCACCAGUACCACCACCGUCGCUAGUUCCGCUGCUACAACAGCCUCCGGCAACGGGGGUGGUAGUGGGGGUGGUUGUAGCAGCAGCAGCAGCGGCAGCAGCACCUUCACCGUGCCGGAUGACGUCGGAAUGGGAUUUGAAGGUGGAGUACGCGUUCUUCAAAGUUUGGGGAAUUGGUCACCGGAGAUUCCACCCAACAUACCGCGGCCCAAUCUGAUACCGUUCACGGAACCGUACGCGGAAGGAGGUUCCAUGCAUCCAGCCACACGCCUAAAAGCACUGCAGCAAGUGCAACAGUCAUCCGCCGCGGCUGUCGCUGCCGUGGCAGCCGCAGCUGCUGCUGCCUCUGGUGCCUCACGUGCAAAAUCGACUCCGACAAAAGGGAAAUCGGCCGUGUCGACCGCGGAUCCGUCCGCACCGCCAAAACCCGUGUUCGAGUGCACCGUGUGUGGGAAAGGGUUAGCCCGGAAAGAUAAGCUAACCAUCCAUAUGCGCAUUCACACCGGCGAGAAGCCAUACGUCUGCGAGGUGUGCGAUCGUGCGUUCGCACGCCGCGACAAGCUGGUGAUACACAUGAACAAGUUCAAACACAUUACGCCGACGAAUAUUGCACCACUUGGAAAGCGCCAGAAUCGGUCUCUUACGAUAGCAGAAAAAGAAGAGUUCAAAAACGAAGACAAUAAGCCACCCAUGCUGGUUGACCAUCAGGCUCUGGCGACGCAAACGUUAACAACCGUCGUGAACAACAUCGCAGCACAACACCAACAUCAACAGCAGCAACACCAGUUGAAUACUCAACUAUCGCAUCAACAGCAGCAGCAAGUUCCUUCCAACCAACUCACACAGUCUGGUGCAUCCGAAGGAUCGCAACUAGGCAAUGUCGGCGCACAGCAAUCACAUCAUACGCUAUCUUGGCCCUGCGAAUUAUGCGGUCGGAUGUUUGGCUCCCGAGAAGAGUGGACUCUGCACGCCAAAAGCCAUCUGGAGGUAAUCGUCCCUCAACUACCAUGCACCCGACCACAGGGAACGUAA